AUGCGAAAAAUAAAUAAUGAAUAUGUUGACAUGGCCACUUGGUUUUGGUUCAAAGAGAAACAAGCUGCUGAGAUUCCAGAUCAGGAGACGGGCCUGUCAUUAGAUGAAGCUUUUAAUUGUGACGAAAGUCCAUUAAAUUAUAAAAUUUUGCCGUCAACAACAUUGACAGCAGCAUGUGAAGCUGGAACUUUUUGUAUAAAAGGUAAAAAAGAGAGAGUGACAGUAAUGGCUUGUAGUAACGCAUCAAGAACUUUGAAACUACCUCUUGUGUUGAUUGAGUGGUUUGAAGAAGAAUUUGUACCGGCUGUAUCUAAAUUCCUAGCCGAAAAAGGGCUCAAAAAAGCGCUUUUGUUUGUUGACAACUGCGCUGCACAUCCGUCCCUCACAGAAAGAAAGUUGAUGACUGACACGCUCUUUCGAUUGCCGCAAGAACCAUAUGAAUGGGUAAAUUAG